UAGUUGGUAACGCUACGCUCGACCGGUAGGUGGCGCCGGUGAGACACAGUUUGUCGUGUGAACAACGGAGAAGAAGAAGAAGAAGAAGAACCAAUCCGGUGACGAGGACAUGAAACGUGUCUCUGCAUGUUCUGUCCGGUCUACACGUGCUGCUCCAAACGAAAUGAUAGAAUCGGGCAUUUCCCCGGUUGAUGAUGGCAGAGGUGGUAAAAAGGAAAAGAUCCUCGUGGAAACUCAUCAAUUACCGAUUUUUGACCAAAAACGCAAUGAUGAUUCGAGCUCUAGAGAACGCAAGAUCUAGAAAGAAGAGCCAGCAGAGGAACGUAGCAGGCAGCAUGAAGAGAAGGAGAUCAGAUGGGAACGAUGCUCCAGGGCGAUCACAAAAACGAGUCCAAAUAAAACAACUGUGUGACACAACGCAGAAAAAUCAGUCCACUCUGAACUGUAGAAACCUGAGCACUGAUGCUUCUCAGCCUGAAACGUCUGACAAGCACAGCUGGGAGGUGGACAGCGGCUUCUCCUCUGAAACCAGUCCUCCAGCCAGCGGCAGAGGUUCCCCGACCUUCUGCUGCCCAUCCUCGGUGGUGGCGUUGGACUGUGAGAUGGUGGGCACGGGGCCCAGCGGGCGCUGCAGCGAGCUGGCGCGCUGCAGCAUCGUGGACUACCACGGAAACGUCCUGUUUGAUGAAUACGUGCGUCCGUGUCAGCCUGUCACAGACUACAGGACCCGGUGGAGCGGCAUCCAGAGGCACCACCUGCUCAACGCUAUGCCCUUCACUGAAGCCAGGGACGGGGUCCUUCGUAUACUUCAGGACAAAGUGGUCGUGGGCCAUUCGAUCGACAGCGACUUCAGGGUUCUGGACAUAAGCCACCCUUGUCACAUGGUCAGGGACACGAGUACAACAUGGAUCCUCAGACAAUUGGCCGGGUUUCAGCGAAAACGUUGCCUCUCCCUCAAAGUCUUAGCCCAUAAACUGCUGAACAGGAGGAUACAGGUUGGGAAGAUGGGUCACUGCUCAGUUGAGGAUGCUCGGGCCACUCUGGACCUCUACAAGCUGGUGGAGGGCGAGUGGGAGCAGGAGCUGAUGGAGGACGACCCUCCACAAAAGCCCGCCUUCGCCUCCUCGGACCACUACAUGCAGGACGAGUACUGGCCGGAUGAUGUCACAGCUGACAGCCAGUGACACGAGUGUAUUUAGUAGGAAUUACAUCUUAGUUCUUAUUACAUUGAUGCUUGGGGCCAUAACAGCAUUGAGAACGAAACGAUCAUGUGAGCUGGGUUUGAUUCGACCGUAGAGAGGUUUCAAUGAUCAUUGUGGGAGAAAACUUUGUUGCUCGAGUGUUAAAUUAUUUCUUUUAAAGGUGGAUGAAGAUCCGAGCAGCACAGUGUUUGCAGUGAAAAUAGAUUGAGGCCAGAGUUAGGACUUGUGUAUGCUGGUUUUUGUGAAGCUGAGGCUCUGAUGUGCAGAAUCUCACAUCUCACUUGGAAGGACGUGAAACUGUCCUUAGACACCUUCAUAGAACCACAAACAAACAACUGCAUGUUAUCAUUUUGUUUGGUUAUGAAAGGUGUUUCCUAAAGUAAGAGUCAGUAGUUAUUGAAAAUAUCAAGAACACGUUGUUAAAACCGUUGCUACCGUGGCCUUGUGUAAAAGGUGUAAGAGUUCCAUUGCCUGUCAUUGUAAGCUGCUAAAUAUUCUAAUAAAGUAUUGUUGAAGUGA